CACCAAAACAGGAACUCAACGCCAGCUGGAAGCCUAGAACGUUCCUGAAUAUCUCUGAAUGUGUGUCGUCCUUUGCGGCUCGUCGAGAACGUUCAACACGGUACUACGUACAGGAGUACCCUAUAUAAGAGGGGACUGAGACAGCUGUUGUCCGCUGUGAACUACCGGUCCUUGUCCUGCUAGUACGAACACCACUUGAAAUGUCUUCUGUCAUGCGCUUCUACUACGACCCUCUCACCGAAUUCGACCGUCUCUUCGAUGACGCAUUUACAGCCCGUUUCCAACCCUUGACUGCUGUGACUGAGAGGAACCAGACCUCUGGCACAAAUCAGCAGGGUUUACUCCGGCCCAGGAUGGAUCUUCGUGAGAAUAAAGAGACCAAUACUGUCACGGCAACAUUUGAGUUGCCGGGAUUGAACAGUGAUGACGUCUCCAUCGAAGUUCAGCACAAUCGCUUGACAGUCUCAGGAGAGUUCAAGAAGGACGAAUCCCGCAAGGAGGGCGGUUAUUCGGUCUGCGAAUGCCGUCGUGGCAAGUUCUCGCGGACUAUCCAGCUUCCUGUUGGAGUACAGGUCGGUACCCAAAUACGCCUUUGUUUGCGAGACAUGCUGACGUAGCCGUGCAGCCUGAGGAAGUGAAGGCGAAGAUGGAUAAUGGUGUUUUGACUGUCACCUUCCCAAAGACGACUCCUGAGCAACAACCUCAUCGUAUUUCCAUCUCUAAACUCUAGAUAUCGUGCAGAUUACUGGCAUCUGCAAUGUAAAGUACCCAAUGGCUCUGUAGCGC